UGACUCCGCCAUUUCUGUCAUUUCUGUUUUAUGGUGUAACUGUGAAUUAGUGAAAGGAUUGUUUUUACUUAAAUGUUGAUCUAUCAACCAAGUGCAAUCAAGUGUCAGCAUUAAAAAGUGGUACACAGAUCAAAAUAUUUUAAUUUCUGCCUUGAUAACAACUAUAGACGCAAAUAAAGACAAUAUUUUGGUUUUGGAAAUUUAACCUGAUACAUCUGCGUCUUUAAAACGUUAUGUACAUAAUUUUCUAGUUUUACGGUGUUUCUAUCUUGGAAAAAAGAUGCCGAAGAAAUCUAAUAAAACCUCUUGGGGUGGGAAAGGAAAUUUUAGAUCAGGAAACCACGAGGAUAAGCAUUAUUUUGGUCAUGAUGAUCGUGUUAGACGCCCAGAAGGUAACAAUGUGUUUACUGGAAAUAGACCUAGAGUAUCAUUUAAAACACAAUUUAAAGUAGCAAAAGAAAAACAGCGACAUUUAGACUUUGAAGAUAUUGCCAUGACUGUUGGAAGCAAUAAUAAUGGUAGACAAGUUGUUAUAAGAGGAAGAAAUAGAAAUAAUUUCAAUACAUCUGCUUCUCGAGCACGUGGAAGAAAUAGUCCAUUACCACCUCGAAUGUCAAAUAAAUAUGUUGUAAGACCAGCUCAAUUAAACAUAGGUGAAGCCAGUUGGUACAAAGUUGUCAUAUUGUACGGCUUUAAAUAUCCCAAGGAAUUUGUAUUAAAUACACUUAUGUCUCAUUUAGCACCUGACACUUUCGUACCCAUCAUGUAUAAAAUAACGGAAAAGGAAGCUUACUUCUUCGUAGAUAAUGUGAAUAUAGCAACUAAAUUACAAAGAAUUGAUAAUCAAAUUUCGACAAAUGAUGGAUUUAAAUUAAAAAUUCGUGUAAAGCCAGGAAUUCCAACAUUUGAGAUUAAUGAUGCUUUUAAAGAGAGAUUGAAGCAAGCAAUGAAUAAGAGAUAUUCACAGGAAACGAAUGCAUUGGAUCUUUCGAAAUUUCAUCUUGAUCCAGAGCUUGCUGAUGAUUACUUUUGUGCUCUAUACAAAAUUCCUAUUCUAAUAACAGUGUUGGACAUUGUUGCAACUCACAUUCCAAAUUUGGAAGCCUUAAAUCUAGAUGGAAACAAAUUACAUAUAAUCGACAGACUUGGUGUGCUUAAAACAAAAUUGGAGAAACUCAAGAUUUUAUACAUUGGAGAUAACAAAAUUCGAGAAAUGAGUCAAUUAGACGCUAUUAAGGAUUUAAAAUUGGAAGAAUUAAGGCUGGCAGGAAAUCCCGUGUGCAAUAAGUAUAAAACUCGUCACAGUGAAUAUGUAAGUGCUGUGCGGAAAAAGUUUCCAAAACUUCUUCGUCUGGACGGUGUAGAAUUGCCACGACCAAUUUUGUUCGAUGUAGUUGACGAAGGCGUCAAAUUACCACCAUCGAAGACGAUUUUUAUUGCCGAUCCUAAGGCGCAAGAAAUUGCAAAUCAAUUUUUGCAACAAUAUUUUGUCAUUUUUGACAGUGAUAAUCGACAGCCUUUAUUGGAUGCUUAUCACGAACACGCAUGUUUCAGUAUGACAGUAUCAUCUGCUCUUAGUACCAACAAAUCGAACGCUUAUUUUAGUGAGAAUCGAAAUUUAUUUCGAAUAAACGAUCCCAAUAGACGUCGAAAACUUAUUAAAAUUGGAAAGUUACCGGUUGUUUCUUUUAUAACGGAAAUACCACGUACCAAACAUGAUUUGAAUUCUUUUACAAUGGAUCUCAGCUUCGUCAUUGAAGGCAUGAUGCUCAUUACAGUCACUGGCCUAUUUAGGGAACUUGACACUAAGGAUACGGCACUUCGUUUUUUCAACCGAACAUUUGUGAUUGUUCCUGAAGGCAGUGGCUAUUGCAUUCGAAAUGAGCAAUUAUUCAUUGCAAAUCCAACUGAACUUCAAGAAAAGCGGGCUUUCAACACUCAACCUGCACCUUCUUUGCCAUCGGGAAGUUCAUCGUACAAUGCUCCAAAUGUGCCAAAUAUUUCCGGUGAACCAAUGGAGGAAAUUAAACAAAGUAUGACCCUAAGUUUGAGUCAACAAACAAACAUGAAUGUAGAGUGGAGUUUAAAGUGUCUAGCGGAAGUGCAGUGGAAUUUCGAUAAUGCUCUUGCCGCUUUCCACGAAUUUUACAAUAGAGGACAAAUACCACCAGAAGCAUUUAAAAAAUGAGCUGACUUCAAUUAAAAUGCAAUGCAUUGUAAAACAAAAGGAAAAAGAAAAAAAGUGAAUUUUUUUUCAAUUCUACUGAAAAACAAUUGUCUAUUUUUUGUUUUUUCAGCCGUGUUAUUAAAUUAAUUUUUUUUUUUUUGUAAAAGAGUAAUUUUGUUCUUUCAAAUUAAUUUUUUUUUUAUUUCUUUACGACGUAAGUAGUUGAUAAUUUCAUUUAUUUUUUCCAAUGCAAAUGGGAAAAAGAAAAUUACUUUUGUGAAUAUUGAGCGCGAAAAUAUUUUGAUGAUUUGUAUAUAACAAAUAUGUACAUGUAAAAGUAGAAUUACAAAUAAUAUAGACUAUAGAGAGACAUAAGUUGAAACUAAAUCUUUUCAUAAAACAUAAUGUUAGGGGAAAACUUUAAAGAUUUAAAGUCAACAGUUCAUUUGUGACGUCGCUGUUUUUUUGCAUGUAAAAUAAUUUACAUUUAAUUAAAAAGAAUGUAUGUUAAUUGUCAACAUUGUGCAAAAAAAAAAGAAUGUAAUAUUUGAAUAUUACAUUUUAAAUCUGGUAAAUGUAGCUUUUAAUAUACUUAAAAAAUUCAAUCGAACAGGAUAAUUAUUUUAAAUUAAUGAAAAAAAAAAUCUGAGGGAAAAAAUUAAUUUUUAUAGAUGUCUAAUUUAUGUAAAGGACAGAAAUCUUAAUUUAAUUUUAACAUGAAAUGCUUUUAAAAAUUUUCCAACUGUCUUUUUAAUUUGAAAACAUUCGUUGUUAUUGAAACUGAUAAAUUAUAAUUAUUCAAUAAAUUUGAAUAAUUAUUUUGGUUUCAUGAAAUAUUGAAAAGUGUUAAUAAAAAAAAAUUCGAAUGUUUUCAAAUGAAAUGAACAACGAGUUAUUGGUAUCUAUUUUUAAAAAAAACAGCUUUUAAUAGCUAACACUUUCAAAUUCGAAUUUCUUCGAAGGAAAAAAUUAGCAUUUUUAACAAUUUGUAAAUCUUGGUUGAAUUACUUUUUGUUUUUUUUUCUUUUUUGUUAAAGUUUUCGACGUUGAAAGUGUGAAGCUUUUAAUGAAAAACUUUUUUUUACAUUAUUUUUUUUUUAAAGUAAUGGAAAUUUUCAUUUAUAAGUGCAAUUUAUGCGAUUAAACGAAAAUAUAGUAAAAUACAAAAAUAAUUUUGAUUAUUUUAUGAAAAGUAAUUUUCAGUUGCAAAUGUGCAUUAAGAUUAAGAAACAAUAAAUAUUAUGUUUUGUAUUUCACACAUUUUUCAUAUAUCAUCGAACUAGUAAUAUUGAUAGAAAUUGGUUUCGCACAAGAUAUAUAAUAUAUCUAAAAGUUAUGUUCUAUCAGAUACAAAAAAAAAGUGUUUUAAACUUAUGUACAAUUAAUUUAAAAAUGAGACUUUUCUACUUUUAUAAUUCGUAAUUAAUUUCUUCAAAUUUUGAACAUUAAUUGAUUGUAAAACUUUUUGUUAACGACAUAAUUUCGACGCAGCACAUGAUUGUAAAUUAUUUUAAAUUUAUAUUAUUGAAAUUUAUUUUCAUUUUGGAAAAUAUUUUGUUUUUUAAUUUUUAUUUCUUCUAAGUGAUGAAGACAAAAAAAAGGGUAGCAAAGAAAAAAACAUUGAAAUCGAAAAAUUGAAAUGAGAUCAUAAAUUGAAUUCGUUAGUUUUUUGUCUCAAAUCCCAAGUUUGGUGAGUGAAUUUUUGUCUUGUUUAAAGUUUUCUUUACAAGACUGUGGCUCACAUGAGUGCACAAUUUGGAUUUUAUGUCCCGUUGAUUUUUUUCUUCGGGACAUUCGCUAAAAGAAGAACUCUAAAGGGUUAAUCCCUUUAGCUGUGAAUCUGUUGAUGUUAUGCGAGCCAGCUCUCUCUCUCUCUCUCUCUGCGGAGAGCAUCUUAAAUCAUAUUUUAUGAUAUAUCACAUAUCCAUCGAAGGGACAAAGAGCAAAAACUAUUAAACGAAAUUUCAAUUUCUUCACAAUUUUUCAGGUUUUUUUAAAAUUAUUAUUAUUAGUUAAUGCAAAAGAAAAUGUAAUUUUAAAAAACAUAAAAAUUUUUAUUUUUAAACACCUAAAAUGUUUUAUUUAACGUUUAUAAUAAUUUAUCUUUUUGUGCUGUUAGAAAUUAUCAUUUGUUAUCAAAUAAUUAAUUUUUGUAAAACAUUCUGAAGAACAAUCUUAUAUGGAUAUUAUAUAUUAAAUUUUAUAUGGUGAAAUUUAGAAUAAUAAAAAAGAGGAGGCAAAAAACCAAUUAUCUGUUGAAAAAAGAAACAGAAUAACAUCAAAAUGUUCCAAAUAUUGACUUAUCUUUUGUAAUGUGAUUUUUUUGAUUUAAAUGUAAAUAAGAACUUGUGUAUAAAAGAAACAGAAAUGCGUGAGAAGUCUAUUUUCAUCAGAAAAAAAACAAUGAUAAAUAAAUAGAUUAAAAUUGAA